UAUCUAUCUAUCUAUCUAUCUAUCUAUCUAUCUAUCUAUAUCUCGGUCUUUCACCAGUUGUUUAUUUUUAUUUUUUUUAUAAUUAAACAAAACGAACAAAAUGCUAUUAUAAAGAUUAUAAGUAUGAUUAUAAGUACACACACACACACACACACACACACACACACACACACACACACACAAACACACACACACACACACACACACAUAUUGUUUUGUAGUAAGACAUUAGUUUUUACAUAUAUGGAUUAGAUCAGAUUAGAAACACUAUAUACUGAUUAGAUUAGAUAGUCAGAUUAUUAUAAUCAAACAAACAACAUUAAUGAUUAAAAAGUAGAAUUUAUGAGGGUCAGUCACAUUUUGUUAGAUUUAUGCUCAUUAAUUUAGGUCUACAAAUCGAUGCAGUUGUGACCCUCCUGCUCUUCUGCCCCCCGCCGUUCUUUCUGUCGGCGCACUUGAGAAGCGUCGCAAUGCGCGAGCUGAUCGAAGGCUCGCUAUACGAUGGGUGGAGCCGCGAGCGCGUCACCGCCUUUUUUAUUUUACGCCAGAUUGUGGACGUGUGAGGAAAAUGGUUCAUUUCUGCGACAAUAAAAUGACAGACCCUUUGCCAUUGUCCGGAUCAGACGGUUGGCUUAGGGGGUGUGAGAUUAGAUUAGAUGGAGAGGUCUGGAUUUGUUGGCUGAGGGGGAAUUCUCUCUUAACGUUUUCUCUCGGUCAUGAUUUUAUGAUUCUCACUGAAUUUUUUAAUUGUAAAUUUUACAUACAUGAUAAUCAGACAUAUUUUUUAGCCCCCCCUAUCAUUUUUCUAUCAUUUGUUUUAAAUAAACUUUUUGUUAUUUCUAUUCUAAAAUACUUCUACAAGUAAAACUGUUCUAUACGUGACUAAAAAAUUUAUAUUAUAUAUUUAACUUAGCAUUUAAUGUAUGCAUACAAUUAUCAUACAUAAGUUGUGCUUAUAUAUUGUAAUUAUAGGUAUAAUACUUAUGAUUCUCUGCUCCUGUUUAUUUUUUAUAUGUUUAGUAUUUCUUUGGUUAAAACAAUAUUUUAUUUGGUCAGUUUUCCAUCCAAAUCGAAAUGUAUGUACAAUUGUAUAAAUAUAUGCACAAUAUCGCAUUUAAUAUAUUAAUUAAAGCUACGUAUUGUGGUUCAGUGCUAACAUUUAAUAAUAAAAUUGUAUUUUUUAAAUUGUUAAAUCGCGCGCGCGCACACACACACACACACACACACACACACACACACAUUCCUCUGUUAAGAUAAAUAGACGCAGGGACUCGGCACGUGGAGGUUGAAUAGAUUCCCAGAGGGGAGCGUUGAAUAAAAAAGUUGUAUAAUCUUGGAGUGUGGCAGUACCUGAUCUACAUAAUGGUGAGGGACCGUCAAGGACGGGGCAAGUGGUCGUGGGUGGGGCGGUGACCGCGUGUAUGUGAAUGCGUGUGUGUCGGGGGGUGGGGGGUGUUAAAGUGUAUGGCUCCGAGAAGGAGGGAAAGAAAGAGGAGGGUGGGAGGGAGAGAGGGAGGGAGGGGGUGGAAGCUGACAUCUGCCGCUCCUCUUCUCUGAGACCCCAGGGUGGAUCAUGUUGCCAGGUCCCGCUAUUGACGUCUGGAUUGCAGCCAUCUGCGUCCUAACUGACGCACAAUACGCGCCCGGUGGCUUUAAAAGGGGGCCCGAGACAGCGAGCAUCAAUUCAGAAAAGAAAAAAACUCGAGGCGUUUACACUUCGGGGAAUGCGACCUUCUCUUUCUACAAACACGAGACUUUAAAUCGACACAGAGCAACUUUAACUGGACACCAUCCACCACCAUGCCAAAGGGGUUCCUGAUAAAGCGCUCCAAAAAGGCCGGAGCAGUGUCCUACAGAGUGCGGGACGGGGAUGAGUCGAUGAGUCCUCAUGUUCUCCUGAGACAAGGGCUUCAAUCUUUCUGUGCUACAGCUCUUCCUUCAGUCAUUGUUCACAGGACUCCGAAUCGAGUGUGUUUGGGAGGCCUGCCUGAGUCCUUCUGCGCUCCAUCGCUCAGUCCGACUCGUCCAGACGACGAGGGUUACACAAACCAAUAUCCACCAACACACCAAGAUGACCAGGGUUCUGCUGCUUUAUUAAACCGCUCCGAGCUUUUCCUCGAGCCCAUUCUCGGCGGCUUUGCGCUCAACGGAUCUCCGGUAUCGCCGUCUCUCCCUGAAACAAGCACUAAAGUUGACUCUGGAUCCAAUUUUGCAAAACGAGCGGCACCACCAUCAAGCUCCAAAAGAAGCAAAAAGCGCAAACCUCCUCAAGAGAGAAAAGCGGUUCUUCUAGACAAAGUUACCACCUCUCCAGUCCUGGGUCUACGCAUUAAGGAGGAUCCUAUGGAUGAUUCGAAGCAGGGGGCAGCGAGCAGCCAGCUGGGUGAGUUUAUCUGCCAGCUGUGUAAAGAGAGAUACUCGGACCCGCUCACUUUGGCGCACCACAAGUGCUCGCGGAUUGUGCGCGUCGAGUACCGUUGCGCAGAGUGCGACAAAACGUUCAGCUGUCCGGCCAACCUGGCGUCUCAUCGGCGCUGGCAUAAACCCAAAGGAGAAGAAAACCAAGCGAAUGUGAUGAGCGUCACCACUCAGUCUGAUCAUUCAGACUCGGGGUCAGAGGAUGAAGCACUGUUCGGUUGCACUCUGUGCGCCAAAAAGUUCCGGCGGCAGGCGUACCUGAGGAAGCACCUCGCCCUCCAUGAGCGCAAAGCUGCAGGUUUACGGCAGGAUCUCAGCCCCCCAAGCCUGCCCGAGUCUCCCAUCCUGGCGAAAGAAGAGUCAGUGGAAAUUUCCCGGAGCGCAGCGCGCAUCACUACAAUGCCCGACGUGUUUCCGUGCCGUUUUUGCUGCGAAAACUUUUUCUCCUCUCCAGGGUUGACGAGGCACAUCAACAAACAUCAUCCAACAGAAAGCAGACAAAUGAUUUUACUCCCAAGCAACGUCUAAGAUCUCAGGCUGUGCUUUAUCCCAUUAAAUAAACUCAUUAUUUUCAUUAUUACAGGAGGCGACUUGACUUCAACACAUAAAAAAAAAGUUGUAGUUUAUAGUCAUUUGUGUACAUUAAUGUGUUUUUUGGAUAAAGUUGUAUUUAUUUAUUUAUAUAUCAUUUAUUUAUUGGUUUAUUUAUUAAACGUAUUUAUUUCAGGUAACAAUUUGUUGCAAGAUUUCUUGUUUUUUUAUUGUGAUGUAAAUCUUUGCAUUUUCUUGAACUUAUUCAGGUUGGCAUUUUUUUUUUUUUAACAAAUGAAUUAUACUUUUCUGAACAAUAAAAAACUAUAUAUAUUCAACUAAAUGCUGCUUUGUGUGUUUUGAACUUCAUCAAAAGUGUCAUAAGCCAUCACUGUAGAGUUACAGUAUAUGUCACAAAAGUGAAUUAUAUUGCCUGGAUAAUUCAAUAGUGUGUAAACAAUAAAAUAUUAAAAUUAAGAUUUUAACAGGUCAAUUUUAGACUUCAAAGUUGUUUAUAUUAACACGGUUAAAACAGCUCAUAUUCUGGGUUUAAAAAGACUAACAGCAAUCACACUAUCAAUAAAAAAAUUAAUGUAAGAAAAUGUGAAAUUAAACAAAUCUUUUUUCUCUCUGAUCUUUGUUAUAAAUGGCAUUUUUUGUAUGAUUCUGGUCGUAUUUAUUCACAACAUGGCAGAGUUCGGCUGUAAAUCGGCUGACACAAUGAAGUGCAGAAGCUGUGAGCUCUGCUUACCCCCAGGCCCCAAUCUCCUAAUUACUAAGCUACCACCUUGCUGAGGAAAAGGUUUAUCAGCAGUUA